CUGUAACUAAGUGGACCCUACUGACCUCUGAACCACAAAGGAUAAGAGUGAAAAGAAGUGGGAGAAGCACACGAAGAAAAAGGAAGUGGAUGCACUUUCAUCUGGACUUCUUUCCUGCCCUUUAUUACUAAAACUGAAUGGAACAGAGAGACUUCCGUGCCUUUCCUCCCCCAGCCUCAGGGAUGGGUGGAUUGUAAAUACAGUGUGUGUAGCUGGGAGAACAGACUGAACCAUGAAUCUUCAGGCUCAGCAAAAAUCUUCAAGCAAAAGGACUGGGAAACGAAUUGCCUAUUUUAAUGAGCAGGAAAUAGCUGUGUCAUCAAAAGAACCACAGCAGCAGCUUAAGGAAGGACAGUACUAUGGCCAUGGAGGGAAUAUACCGGUCUCCCAGACUGUGGAGAUUUCUCACGCAGGAGGAUUAACAAAUGCACCCAACAAUGUUGCUUUGAUGAACUCCGUUUACAGUCAAGAUAGGGGAGAAUCAAUGAUGAUGUCCCAGACGGUAACAGCUGUCAAAUGGCAGAAUUCACUAAUGGGAAACCGGUUGCCAGAGAGGGGCGACAGCCACUGGCAGUCUCCACCUUCGAUGUGGAACCACAGUAUGGUUUUUGGGGGCAACCCAAAAGGACCCCACUCCAAUCCUGGUGCCCCGGGUUUCUAUGGCCACCCAGAAGCCCUUAAAAGAAAUCAAGAGAAAGGAGUGUUCGUCUCACAGCUGGACUUGUAUGGAGAUGCUGUCCAGCAGAUGAUGUCCCAGAAGGCUCAGCUGGAACAGCAAGCCCUGGUUAGACAGCAAGCUCAAAUGAAUUCUUUUCAUCAGAUGCAGAAACAGCAGCAGCAGAAUCAAAGUCUGCCAUUACAGCCUUUCCAACUUGCAUUUGGUCACCAAGGCCAAAAGCAGGGUCUUCCUGAAUUGUUACAUGUCUUUCAAGAAGCCCCAGCUUCUUCCAGUCCAGCAUUUACUGCUCAACAAAAACAGCAAGCUCUUCCCCAGCUACAACUGUUUGAAAACUUCUAUCCUCAACAGCAGCAGCAGCAACAGGCUGCCACACAAGCCUUCGGUCUGCAGCAAACUAGUUCCAUAGCACAGCCUCAUGUGGCAGCUGCAGCACCUCAGCAUCACAUGAUGGCACACCAGUUUCAGCAAACAGAGAGGAACCAGGAACUAUUCAAGGCUCUAACAGAGCAGAACCAACAGACUGUGCUACCUCAGACACAGAUUCCCUUUCCAAGAAGGUCACGGAGACUCUCCAAAGAAGGUGUCCUGCUGACAUCUGCAGGAGAAGUGUUGGCUUCCAAGCAGGCAGAAGAACAACCUAGCAAUUUAUUUUUGCAUCACUGGCAAACGCAUCAGCAAGAGGUCCCAUUACAGCAGCUGCCUGAAUCACUGGCCCACAACAAAAGCAGCUAUUUGCACCCAAAGAGAAUGGAUCUGGGGCAGAAGGAUGUCCUGGUCAAUAGUGAGCUGUGCCAGAUGGAAACAGACAGGCAAGCCCCAGCCCAGAAUGGUAGAGAAGGGGAGAAACAGGCGGCAGCAGCUGAAGAAAACACUCAGAGAACUAACGAUUUUCAGGGUGUCAGAGGUGGUGUAAUCCAGAGUACGCGACGGAGACGGCGUGUUUCUCAAGAAGCCAAUUUGCUAACUUUGGCCCAAAAAGCUGUUGAGCUGGCUUCUCUUCAGAAUGUAAAGGAACUGGAUAAUUCAGAAGAGAAGAGUAGUGUGCUGGUAGCAGCUCCAGGACCUACAGCUGCAAAAAGUGUUGUGGAAUUCGCCAGUUCUUCACCAGCUCCAAAAAGAGCCCGGGAGGAUAACAGCCUUGUGCCUCUUAUCAUUCCUGUGUCUGUGCCAGUGAGAAAAAUUGACUUGCAGAGCCUUGGAAAGGAAAAGUCUGAGGAUGGAAAGGUCCAGAGAGGCCCAACAAAUGAUCGAGCUCCUUGUGAACGCAAGCCUUCUGUGAUAGUCACUCGGAGGCGAUCUAACCGUAAUACUAACAUGGAAACCUCAAAUCAGCAUGAAGAUGAUGUUCCAAAGGAUGAAGCAGAGGGCUUUGCCCGGAAACCAAAGCAGCGGCCAAGACCUGAGCCACUCUUUAUACCACCAAAAGCUGGCACCUUUAUUGCACCACCUGUUUAUUCUAACAUUACUCCAUAUCAGAGCCACUUACGGUCACCUGUUCGUCUGGCAGAUCAUCCUUCAGAUAGAAACUUUGAGCUACCUCCUUACACUCCUCCGCCAAUUCUUAGUCCAGUGAGAGAAGGAUCUGGGCUAUAUUUUAAUGCUAUCCUCUCUUCAAGUGGUCAUUCGGUUCCACCUCCAAUGACUCCUAAAAGUGCUCACAGAACUCUGCUUAGAUCAAAUAGUUCAGAAUUUACCCCUCCUGUUCUUACAGUAGUGGGAGAAGCCACCCCGGUCAGCAUUGAACCGCGAAUAAAUGUAGGAACUCGCUUUCAAGCAGAAAUCCCAUCACUCCAGGAUAGAUCUCUGGCAGCAGUUGAUGAACAUAAAGCAGAGCUGGUGUGGCAGCCGUGGGGUGACCUGGAAACCAACAAAGUCACCCAAGAGAAUGUGGAAAACCUGCUAGCUGCUGCCUGUUCAAGCAUUUUUCCUGGGGCUGGAACCAACCAGGAGCUGGCGCUGCAUUUCUUACAUGAAGCAAAGGGAAACAUUCUGGGAGCUUUGACCAAACUGCUAUUGAAGAGGCCAGUACGAUCGCCUGCCCACCCUUUGGCAGAUUAUCACUACACAGGAUCAGACAAGUGGAAAGUUGCUGAAAAAAAACUUUUCAACAAAGGCAUUGCCAUCUACAAGAAAGACUUUUUCUUGGUCCAAAAACUUAUAAAAACCAAAACAGUGGCUCAGUGUGUGGAAUUCUACUACACAUACAAGAAACAGGUGAAAAUUGGUCGGAAUGGGACCUUAAUCUUUGGGGACAUUGAUGUUGCUAAUGAGAAGUCUAUGAAAGAUGAAGCUGAAGUUGACAUCAAGAGUUCCCAUAGGUUUGCACGUGUUCUUCCUCUCAGAAGGGACAUUUACAGUGAAGAACAGGGGCAUGAGGAGGAGGAAGAGGAGGAAGAAGAGGAGGCAGAGGAAGGAUUGGAUAACAGAAAGAAGAGCGCAGUUCCUCUCAAAGAUGAACAGACACUACAAGAUGGUGCAAUAGCCAAUGAUGCCAAUAUGAGGAGUCAAGAGGCAACUGUCACAGGCAGAAUUGGAAGGAAGCCAAGGGAGACAACAGUGAAGCCUCGAAAGCCUAUUACUGCUCCAGUGCAGAGGAGAAGGCGGAAACAAAAGAUAAAAUUAGAUGCUACCAGUAAAACUCAGAACACAGAAAACACAUUUCCAUGUAAAAAAUGUGGCAGGGUGUUCUACAAGGUGAAGAGCCGCAGUGCUCACAUGAAAAGCCACGCAGAGCAGGAAAAGAAGGCGGCCGCACUGAAGCAGCAAGAGAGAGAGGCGGCAGCAGCAGUGGCGGCAGCAGCAGCCCACAGCCAGGCCCGGCAGGAAGAGAGCAGCGAGAGCGGGAGCAGCAGCAGUGGAAGCAGCAGUGUGAGCUCAGAUGAAGAUGGAGAAAUAUAGCAGCAGACCAGAAGUGGAGGGAGUAGCAAGGCUGGACCCAACCUCCCUCUUGGUGGUCUCACUUUUUUUGCUUGCACUUUUCUUACCUGACCCAUCAGGUCUCAGUUUCAGUGCUGCCAUUUCCUCAUGCCACAUGUUCCACUUCACCUUGCCAGUACUGACCAAACCGGAAUGGUGGAUGAAAAGAUUUGUUUCAACUUCUUUGUUUGUUUGUUUGGUUUUUUUUAAAUAAGAUUUCUAUUCUAUUUAUAAUGGUACCUGAGGUACAUAAUAGAACAAUGUCACCUGCAGUGGAAGUAAGUUCUCUCUCAGGUCAGUCAGACCUUUCUUUUUGUGCUUGUCAGGAAUCAUGAUAACAGGACUCUUGGAUAUAAAGGUUUCCAGACUGGAGCAAGAAAAUGAUGCUUUGCUCUGAGCUAAGUGUAUCCAGUUACUGUGACACUGGUGAUUUCUAGAUGUUUCCUUUCUCAGCAAGUUCUCCUUCCUGUUACACUUUCCUGCCUUUCUUUCUGAGCAUUUAUUCGGGCAGCCAGCAAGUUUUGUGGAAAGAUGGUGCGCACUUUUGGCCUCUGCUUCACAAAAAUGAAAAGCGGGAUGAACAAGGCACUCUUCUUCCUUUUGAGAGGAAGUUUUAUUUUUCAAAAGGAAGCCUGAGGUGGUUUCUUUUAUGCCAUUAAGAAUGCAGCAAUGGAUAUAAAAAUAUCCUGUGGGAUUAGAGUAGCCACAGGCCUUGCGGGUUGUCUCAUCUUGGGAAAAAAAAAAGUCUGCCUUUGAUUAACUUAAUGGAAAGUAGUCUGGGCUUCACAAGUGCAAUUUGAAAUGAAAACUGCUGGGUUUGACUUUGCAUAAACGAGAGCAAGUUUGUUUAGUGAAAAUGAACCAAGACCACCUCGUGCGCUGGAUUGUGUGCACCUCAGAGCUGGGAGGAAUGGACUCUCAUCUCCAGCAGUCUCCUUAAAUCCCUCUGUGAAUGGCUUUUACCUCUCAGCACAUCCGUUUCUUUCUUAUGGCAGCCCUUGUUUAUUCCUUGAAAUUCCAUCAUCAGGAGCUUGUGUGGUGGGGCCUUGGUUUCCCAAAUACUUCCUGUCAGACAGUAUGUACCUGCAGGAGGAACUUGUCACUUAUUUCCACACGGGUGGCUGGACAGCCCUGCCUGCUGGGUUGUUCUGCUGUGAGCCUUGCUCUUUGCUGAAAGUCUGACCCUUCAGAACUGACUAAUAGCCAAAAAAAUCUAGCCGCCAAAAGCCUGCUGGUGAAAGAGAGUUAAGAAGUAGUAAAGUGAAGUAAGUGGUCCAGGUGACGUAGAUGUUAGAUUUGCACAGGAUUGUUCUGUACAUCUUUAUAGCCCACAUUUAUCAUUAUUUCAUAAAGAAUUAAAGAAUCGGAUCACUUCCCUGUGCUUCACGGCUGGUCAGUCCCAGCCCCGUACCCCGGCUGCCCAGCUCCCUCCCUCCAGCCAGUGCUUAGAAGCAGCGCUGAUCCACCAGCUUCCUGGGCGCCAGCCGGCACUCUGUCAGAUCGCGUGUGCGCUGCUUCGGUGGUGCAAUGCCGAAGGAGCCGAUCGCUCCUGCAUUCCCAGGCAGGGAUCCAAGCGGGAUUGCUGUACGUGAACUACAGAGUGUUCCUGACUGGCUUUUUUUUUUUAAAUCUUGACCCUUCAAGCUGCUAGAUAAAUUCCGGGUUAACUAUGGAAAGUGGCUCUAACUCCAGCGUGCCACAUGGCAGUCUUUUCCUGCCCUGCGGUUUUAGGCAACCAUGAUUGCUUCACUAAGUCUGGGAGGCUGGGUAUUGUACCAUGUUUGCUUUGACAUAUAUAUGCCUUUGGAUAGAAUCCUAUAUCUUAAUAGCAGAAACAGUUACUACUCUUAUAAAAUAAGUAGGAGUGUCAUUAAGGACUGCACUUUUUUCAGUGUUGACACUUUUGCCUUUAAGUGUUCAAUUUUCUGCCAAGGUUGUAUUUUUCAUUCCUAACAAAAGGAGGUUUCCUUUCAGCGUUUGGAUGACUGUUCCAUGUCCCUACAUGCACGGCUCUUGUUGACUAACUAGGCUGUGGAAGCAGAUGGCGUGUCACGAACUGUUAAAAUCAUUCAAAAACUGCAAAGAACUAAAAGCUACUAAUCUUUAAAAAGAAGCUUAAGCAAAUCAGUCUUCCUAUUAAGAGUUUCAGUGUUGAUAGUUAUCUUUUUCCUUUUGUAAAUUGGAGAAAAUACUUGUCUGCCAUUAUCCUUGGGCCCUUAGAGAGAACAGAAGCUUUAGCACACUGUGCCAGGACAGGCAGUAGGUGAAGCAGCUGGACCUCAUGGUCCACUUGUAGUACUGGGAUUAAUUCCAGUAAAAAGCAAUGAUGCAAUUAAACUUAAAGUUCUGAAGUAUGUUUCUGAGAAGUUGCCAAUAGUUUCCAGAUCUUGAGAACUGCAGGGCAGGGCAACAGUGCAGAAACAAGCAGGGCUUGUGAGUAUAUCUAAAAAGUAUUUAAAGUCAUGUAGAUACUGUUAUACUGUUGUAAUGAAUGCGUUUGCCUGGAGUACCAGUGUCGCAGCAGCAGAACGGUGUACAGUUACUUAACAGAGACUGGGAAGGCCUAGAAACACAUAACAAAGAAAUGGAGAGAGGGGUAGAACUGGCACACAUUGAAAAAUACGGCAAAAAUGAAGGGUUUUUUUUGUUUUUUUUGGUUUUUUUUAGAUUGGCGAGGAGAGCUGACUAAACUUGAGAACUAAAGUAAGGUUAAUCAAACUGUCUUAGAAAAAUGCUUUCACUGUCCUUGCUAAAACAGUGCAAAAUCAAUCAGUAUGUAAUCCUUUAGGAAAAACCAGACUGUUCAUACUGGGACAAACCAAAACUCUGUCUAGCUCCAGGUCUUGUUUCUGGCAGCGAUCAGGAGCAGAUGCUUAGGAAAAAGCAAGGGAUAGCAUGGACCAGCAGGUAUAGUUCUAGCUAGAAAAUAGGAUGCUAAACUAGAACCUACGUGUGUUCUCCAGUAAGGCAAAUCUGCAGAGAGGUUUGUACUGAAAUGUGCUGUUCUCCUUAAGGGCAGAAUAUCAGGAUAUUCCUCUGCCUUUUACUCUUCUGCUCUGUGUAUCACCUGCAUUUACUCUAGUAUUUUUAGUGUCUGGAAUUAUGCCUGGGUAAUAAUGAGCAAACACUUAGUCAUGGCCCUCAGGAGUUUUCAAGUUUGAAGUAGUUUUAGAUAUGGCAUAGCAAAUCAUGGUGACAAACAACUGAUCAGAUGAAAUGAAGUACAAAGAUUUAGGGAGCAAAUCGUGGGAUUGCUUAAAGUACCAAUUUAAUCUUCUUUCAGAUACGAUGAUGCUUGAAUGGAAGCAUUAUUAUAGUCUUCCAAAGACCAGACCUUUCCCUGAUUCUCCCUAUUUUAGGAAAUCCAUAUAAGAGUAAUUUUUCCUCUUAUCUAGGAUAGGCCAUUGAGGUGCUGAUAAGAACAAAUCAGAGAUUUUCUUUUAAUUGCACAAAAAUGAUGUGUGUAUUACACACUGAAUGCAGUACUGGUUGUUUCUCUCCAACACCCUGCUGCAGUAGAAGAGAACAGGAAGAUUUGAUACAGUGAGGUCUGUCACUGGAAGAAAAUCAGAAAAGGGCUUUUUCUGAGGAUAACCUCUAACAGCUGUGGGUUAGCACAGCUGACCAAAAUCAGGUAAAUAUUCCAAGUAAGUGGAUCAGAUGGAAAUGUUUCUAAGCAUGUUUACAUAUUGCCAGUAGCCACCAGAAGACCUCUUUUCUGUCACGGUGAUAAGUAAAAAUGCUCCUCUGAGUGUCUUGUUUAAAAACAAACAAGCAAAACCAAACCUGCUGCCCACUUGCUUACAGUAGCAGUUUGGGAUUGAUCCUACAUCUGAAUUAGAUCCUGCCUACUAGCAAAAGUUGGCAGAGAAUUGUUUUAAUGAAACAAACCAACCAACCCUCAAUUGCUGUGGACAAAGCAUUUGAACUGAAUUUGUCUAAUCUGGAAUGAAUGCUGUUACUCUUAGUGGGCGAAAAAAUUACUUGAGUGGCUCUUUACUGCAGCACAGUGUUAAUUUAAGGCUGUGGUGUUCCAAUUUAAAAAAAAAAAAAAGAUUCUUCGCUACGUUCUCUUGAUUUGUCUGUUUUAAAACCCUAUGCUCGUUAUUUUCCAUCGUUUAAAGGCCUAUUUACUGAUCCCCAAUUAGUAUAAGGGUUUGCUGUUAAUUUAGAAAAAAGGCAGUAUAUGCUCAGUGAUUAAGCUGAGUUUGAACAAGGCAUCUCUUUGCUUUAGCUGUCUUUUCUAUGGGAACAAACACAAGAUUUAUAGACUGCAAUUCCGUAAAUGUGCACUAAUAGAUUUGCCUCUUACAGUGUGAGACCAGGCUUCAGGUGGUCGUAUGCCCAGUAGUCAGGUGGCUGCAUUUCAAAACCAUUACCUAUUUGAGCCUUGAUGCCAGCGUUGGGCGUUGCGGAGAUGCAGCGAUAGACCGCAUUUUGCCCUGAUCGCGUACUUCUGCCUUUCUGCCUGUGCCGUCUGCCCUUUACAGCUAGAUUCAGUCUUUCAGGUUUGUGGUCUGCAUGGGAUAGCGUCUCAGUUUUGUAAGACUCUGUGUGUAUAUAAUUACUAGAUCUAUGCAUGCACUUGCAAUGCAUAUCUGAUAUAGCUACAGGUGUUUUGCAGUCUAGCUGCAAGAACAACUCUGCAUUUUAAUUUAUUUGAUGCUUUUCCAUUUACUGAUACAGGUAACGGUAUCUGAGAGAACUCAACUCUGUAAGGUGAAGGCCUACAGAAUUUCAGUCGGCUGUGCAGGACCUUGGUAUUUUGCUAGCUAGGACCAGGUGGGAAUAUAGCUGUUUGAAGGCAGGGCAAAGAUAGAAAUUCUAAAGCUUAAAGGUAAUCCCAUACUAGAGAUACAAUGUGAGGUCCAAAUUAGCUAAAAAUACCCUCUGAUUUAUCAAACUGAGGCUUUCGGUCAUUUUUAUCAUUGCAACAAUCUUAGAUUAAAAUCAACAUUAAAAAAAAAAGUGUUUCCUAAACCACAAAGAGUGAGCUUUCUCACUCUCGGCAAUUACACACUUCUUAAUUCUCUUCCAGGCAGCGGACUAGAAAGUCCCUAUAUAUACAUACCCUAUUCUGAAAGAAGUGGGAGUAGGGAGGACUGUAGCUAUAGAAGUCUUGUCUGCUUUCAUACAAUGGCACUUUUAGUCCAAUGAUUACCUCUGCCAGAAACCGUAUUCUAAACCACAUUUUCCCACACAAACUUUCUCCCUGUUUUAUCUUCUGAUGUGUGUCUGAAAGUUUAUAAAGCUUUAAAGAGACGGAGAAGCGGUGUCUGCAAAUCACGUUUGAUUUUUGUGGGGGUGAGUUUCUAUGUAAAUUCGUCGCUUGGGUUCAGCUGCUUUACUUGCCCUCGUUCUCUCCUGCGUCAAAUGUUAGGAAGACACAAACUUUGAAUCCCCAGCUGUCUAAGGACUUUUCUUUCCAAGACUAGGAUUCCGCUGACAGCUGAGCCUGAAAAAAACCUUAACUUCUCCAGGUUAGAAGACAACAUAUAUUUUUAUAGAAAUGUGAUGGUGUAUUUUAAAAACCAGUUUCCUGCAGCUUCUCCACGUGUAUUUUUCCCCUUGUAGUUCAGAUUUGAUAUAAACUUUUUUGUGUUCCUUCUUCUUAUGUUCUGUUUUUAAAUUUGUAGUCAAAGCUUUGUUGUACUGUACAGGAACAGUCAGCCUUUGUAAUUACUGUAUAAAUGCUUUAUAAUAAAGUAUAUAACUUUUAUUUUAACAAGUGAGCAGACACAUCCUUUUGUGUGUUUGCUGCCUAGGGCACCUUUUAAAAGACUGUUACAUGUUAAAAAUGUACAUAUAUAAAUAUAUUUACCUGUUGCUGUACAGUUGUGAUAGACUGGACUGAAUUUAUUUUUUUGUGUGCUUUUUUAUAAAAUAUUAAUACACUAAAGGAAAUCUUGCUGAUGUGAUUGUAAUGUACCAUGUAACUUAUUUACUUAAUAUCCUCUAUAUAUCUAAAAACCCUUUUAUUAAAUGAGGUUUAAAAAAG